GAUCUUUGCUGGUGGGAAUGCCAACGCCAGUGCCGGCAUUUGACAUCCUCGUAUCGUCGAAAGAUGAGGUUGUCCGAGACAUGGCACUCCUGGCGGAGGAGCUCUGGGACGUUGCGUCGAUGGCCCACGGUCCAACAGGACGAUGCAUCGUCAUUCAACCAAACAAAGACUGUGGCGAUGCUUGUAUUGUAACAUCGAGCGCCAAACGCAUCAUGGAACACUUGAGGUUGACAUCUUCCAUGGGCACACUCUUCGCGCAAUAUGUACAAAGCCAUCUAAAGCAACAUCGAGACGGCGGACUGUUUUGCAUCAUGCUCGCCUCCUCCAUGCUUCGGCGAGUCCAUAGCGCUUUGGAAAGCAUCCCAAAGCACCGAUUGUUCUCGGGACUGCGCCUUGCGCAGGACUGGGCGUUGGACGAGCUCCACGACAUGCAAGACGACUUAGAUUGGAGUGACGCGGAAGCGAUUGCAGCAGUUGUACGAGGCAUUGUGUCACCCAAGUUUGUCGCGAAUGUGUCGGAAUCGACAGUGGCCACGUUGAUGCAAGUGUUUGUGCAACACCUUCCUUGGUUGUUGGAACAUCCAACGAUACCGCCGAUCGUUCGAGUCGUGGCAUCAAGGCAGCGCCUUCCUGGUGUGAACGACGUGGUGAUGCACCACACUGUGCUAAUUCCUGGGCGCCGCCACGUUACCCACCUUCCGCUUCGAAACGUCAAAGUUGUCCUCUUCAAUGUUACUAUUCGACCUUCCCCAACCCCCACGAGUGACAUUGAAGUCACUGUCAAGGUCGACUCGGAAACGUAUCACUCAGUGAUGGCGCCAUCGACGUCGGGACUUGUUCAAGAGGCCGAGAUGGCUGGGUGGACCGCGGUCACCAAGCGUUUGAAGUCUUGUGGUGUGCAAAUGGUCCUCUCUCAGAAGAAGAUCCCCGCAUUCCUGGCAGCACGUUUGAGCGACGUCGGCAUCGCAUCCAUCGAACGCUUGUCGAUUCAACACAUCGGUUGGCCACACGGACCAGGGCAAAUUUGGUUACCAAACGUUUUGUGCAGAUGCAGUACAAGCUGUGACUGGAGCAGCUAUUCUAAGCGACUGGACGGCGACGGAAUUGAAAGAAGCGGACCUUGGAAUGCUCGAUCACGCUUACGCCCUCGAACUCUCUGGCGUGACGUAUAUUGCGUUGACGUGCGAUCCGGCAUCUCCAGGAAAGAGCGCGGCACUGAUGGAACGAACACGACCAAUGUCGACGAUAGCAAUGGAUGUCAUCGAUGACAUGGCGCUUGAAGAAACCGAUCACGUCGUCCAAGUACGACGAAUGCGAUCCGAGUGCGAUGAUGAUUAUCGACAUAGGCAGCUAUGCAAGUGCUAACCAACUUGGUGAUGGAGCCGGCAGUGUGUACAGGCGCAGGUGAGACAGAAAGGGCGAUCGUGCGGCGAUUGAGUCGUCGCUCAGCCGGUCUUACGGCUGACGAAACCAAGCACCAACCUGCGUGUCGAGGACUGAAGCGAGUCGUGGACACUUUUGUCGAAGCGUUGGCGAGUUGUAUUGUGCCUGAGGACAACACGAGUCCUGCGGUGAAUGUGUUGGACUCGGCUGCUGCGAAAUCGAGCGCAAUCGCGACUGCAGUCUCUCUCGUCGCGACGUUGCUCCGCGUGGACGGCGCGAUCUUCACGGGCCACGCACAAGAACUGAACCAAUCGCGUUGGAAGGAUAAUUGAGUGGCCAAUCAAGUGCAAGCAACGAGUGCGAAU